UCCGCCGCGCGCGCCGCCCGACCCGCCGAUGUCACGGCCGCUGGCGUCAUCCGCGGACGGGCGCUGCGCUCAGCCCGCGCUGAAGACGCACGACGAGUCGGACGGCCCGGCCGACUCGGUCUCCAGGCUGGGGUCAGCUCAAACGCUGGAGGUCAGCGCCGACAGCAGCGGCUCGCCGCCCGAGGCCACCGUCGUCCGGCUCGGCCAGCACGCGGCGGAGGUCGCCACCAGGCUCGGAAUGGAGGUGGAGGUGUCGUGCGACAGCACGGAGCAGCUGACAGAGCGGUGCUCGCCGCCGCCGGCGGCCAAGCUGGCCGGCGACGGCGCUCUCAGCGCCGCCCAGGACCCGGGCAUCCGCCGCUACCGCACCGCCUUCCGGCCCGACCAGAUCAAACGGCUCGAGGCCGAGUUUCUCAAGGACAACUACGUCAGCCGGCCCAAGCGCAACGAGCUGGCCACGGAGCUGGGUCUGGCCGAAGGCACCAUCAAGGUGUGGUUCCAGAACCGACGUAUGAAGCACAAGCGGCAGCAGAUGACAGCCUGGCCGCUUGACCCGCGCUUCACCGACCCGGCGCUGGCCGCCAUGAUCCUGCAGGCGGCCGUCGCCUCCGGCACGUACCCGUACGGCGGCGUGGCCGGCCUGGCGGCGCCGCCGCUGUCCUACUACAGCCCGCUGGCCGGCUCUGCCAAGUGUCGCUUCUCGCCGUACGCGCCGCUGCCGAGCAGCUUCUUCAGACCGUUUGAAUCUGUCGUGGCUAAGGAUGGCCGUGAAUGA